ACUUAUGUCUUUUUCUGUUCCUGUUUUCUUAAAUCACAAACUCAUAACUCCAGCAAAAGCACUGAGGAUUGGGCCAACUUCCUAUUUGCAACUUGCAAUGAAAAAGAGUUCUUAAGUCGAGAACCCAGAAUUCGGUCAAAAUCUUCACCUGCAUGUCUUGAUGAAAAAUACAUUGCUACUGUCACCCAAGAUGACCAGUGCCCUGGCAAUCAAUAUGUAGAGUUAGAAACAACUGCUUCCAAGAAAAGGCCAACAUCAGAACCUGUGCAUCAAGUCCCCUCUGGAACGGACCAUGUUUAUGAGUCACCAAGAAAACUUCUGCUACGUCUACGACAGCUAGAACAUACUCCACUUGACAAACAGUCAGGGGAGGACUAUGAUAUGGAGGGACAUUAUGCUACCCCAAGGAGUGUUCUAGCCAAGCUGGAUAGUGUUAUUGCUGAAUUUAGCAGCUCAGAUGAAGAACAACACAACAACAAUGGAGUAUAUAUGACUAUGAAAGACUUGAGUCUAGCAUUGUCAAAAGAAAAACCUCAGUCUGCAUCAACAGAUGAUAAAUUGCCAACCAUUCUGACAAUCAAGGAAAACAGUAGGAGUCCACAAGUGACAGAGGACAGCCCUUUGAAACCAACAGUCCCACCCAGGAAAAUCAAAACAGAAAAAACACCCAAAAUAUCAUGUCUAUCUGUGGUUCAGUUGUCCAUAAUUCUUGAUAAAAUCACAGAUCAUACUGAACUGCAAGAGAUGGAUUUUGUCCUUCCACAGAAUGACUUUACCAAUUGCCUGACACUUACAGAAGCUUCUGGAUUUAUAUGUGUCUCCAAGUGGAAUGACCCACAUCACUUAGGUUGUAUUUUUCACCAAGGGGAUUACGUAGUGGCUAUGAAUGACAUGCAGGUCAUGAACAUGGAUGAAAUUUCUUUGUUUACAAGCCGAUCCACAAGAAAAGAGGUGAAGCUGACAAUACAUCGUCUCCCAGAUUCAGAUAUUCUACAUGCCAGGGGAUGCAAGUGUUCCUAAUGGAGAAAAGACACAAGAAUCUUCACUGAGCAAGAUGCCGGGCCAAGCAUGAACAAAGAAUCAGUCUGACAUAGAUUUGACAGUGGUUAAUGCACACAUAAAUGAGACAAUGAAAACACUUGGACUUUCUUUCAGCAGUGUUUGUAGCAUUGCUUCAACAAUAUUGUGUGAUGAUCUUCUUCAUCCUUGGCUUACCUUCAGCAGACAUAUUGUUGUGCAAGGCAUCAUUUACUUUCUUGAAACAUUGGCUGGAGUGUAUUGAAGAGACUGUCUUCCUUUGCAAAUUUCCAAAAGCAAUAGUAGAGAAGAGUCUUUCACCACUGUAAAUACCUAAAUGUGUAUAUCAAAGUCUUUCUUGGAGAGACUGUAUUGGUGACACUGAUAGUUAGCUCUUUCUUCAGACCUUCAUUCUGCACUCUUCCUGAAAGAGAGACAAACCUGCCAUCGUGAAUCUAAUUUAUAUCUCCCCACUAGAGUAUCAAAUAGCUGUGCUGCAAAACACACCUAAACACUGAAAGCCAAGCUGGAGACCAUCCUGUGAAUUCUCUUUGGGUGGAUAUGCAACCUACCUUUUAAACUUAUAUUUAUUUUGGAUAUUGUCUUAUGUUAAAUUUUAUAGGGAUAGCCUGUUCAGUCUGUUCCAGUAGAACUAAAAUAAUGUCUUGUGGUAUCUAACAGAUUUAUUUGAGAAUGAUUGUGCAUGGAUUAUAAAUAAUAAAUGAUAACAGUAAAAUAAAUCGAUUAUCUUAAAAGCUCACAGGACUUAUUCAUAUUCAUAUUCAUAUGGUUAAAAUAAUUUCUAGAUGAUUUAUCAAGCAAACAUAGGGUAGUUUCUGUGAUCAUGUGACAACUUCACAAUUUACGUAUGUGGAAGGCAUUCUUAUUGAGAUCAAGAAUAUUGAAUUCCAUAGCAUUGAGCCAUAGCAGUUCAAGUGGUGUCAAACCAGAUUGUUUCUGCAGUGCAGAUGCAAAUGCAGCCCUAAUAAAAUUUCUGCCCAAAAUCCAAUGGUUGGGUCCAACUAGAUUAGACCAACUGAAUCAAUGGGAAUAUUGUAACACUCUAGCACCCAUAUAAAUUCCUUUGGUUCAGUGAGUUUCUUCUAGUUGGAACUAACUAAUUAUCCAUAUUUCAUGUUAUGCUACUCCAAUGUAGACAUCUUUAGAAAUGCUCUCCUUCAUAAUAAGAUGUAUUUUCAUUUUAUCCUUGUUAUGUAUUAAUAAUAUGCCAUAAAUAUAUUAGCAAUGAAAUUUAGAAACAUAUCAAAGCUUUGCUUCUCUUUACUGAUUCUUGUUAAUACAAAAUCAAAACCUGAAUCCACCUUCAUCCAAUUUGUGGUGUUGUGCCUGAAAUGACAGAUCAAUAAUACUCAGCAAAGCUCAAAUCGAUGGCAGAAAACCUUAAUGUGCAGGAACCAUUAUGUGGAAAAAGUCUAUUCUGUGUUGUCAAGUCAUAUAGGAUUAUAAAAGGCAGACAUCAAUAAAUUGAACUCUACUCAGAAAUGGACCUGCAAUGUACUUGUUGAGAACAGACAACACAUGUAUUUUUGGACCACUGAAAGUUUCCAGUCUUCAAAGACUGUCUAUAUACAAAGCAUUAUAACAAGUGGACAACGGUCAGGUUAGGAGUGUCAAGGAAAAAGCAACAUGGGUUAUACAGUCAAAGAAAUAAAACAUGUAUGUGAGAGUCAGAGUGACUCAGCAGAAGCCAAUUGGGAACCACACAGGUGUAAAUGGUAAUACAAU